CCGCGCGCUUGUGUCAGUACCGAGACGAGCGCUAGCGGAGGCAGCAGUGGCGCAUCUCACAUAUCUGCCGCUGGAAUAUAACGGCUGCUUUAGGAUGUGAACGGGUUUCGGCCUCGUCACCGGCCAAAGCUUCUGUUUUCCCAUGACAAACAGAUGCGACAAGAGAGCGAGCGCGCGCAAGAGUGUGCGGUACAGGGGAGCGGAUAGAUAAUCGGUAUUAUUAUGAGAAAAGAGGACGGGGUUGUCGGAGCCGUAUUUGUUUUGCUCGCGGAGAUGAGGCGGGGGGUAGCGAGUCGCUACAAAAUCGUUGGGCUCCGGCCAAGCAUUACUCUGUUUUAGCACAUAUAUACCGCCGCGCUUGCGUUUAUAUCGUCAACAGACGCGUUUGAUCGUCACGGUUUGCAUCGCAGAAAAAUAAUGCAGCUGUCUCGAGGACAUCUGUGAGAUUUGCGGACUGCUGUUGCCGCUGCCAUGACAGACGCAGGCUUUACCGAGCAGGCGGUGUGAGACAAGCACGGCCCCAGCUGCAGCAGCACGGCCGAUGUGGGCAGCGUUUACCGGGGGAGAUUAAAUCUGUAAAUACUGUUCGCGCUAUUCCUCUUUAAUCGUUUGCAAUCUCAGGGAAAAUGUCCUCUCGGUCUGCUUUACCGUCUGCGAACGACCGGAGCACAGAUCAUCAUGCGUCUCUGGUGGCGAGUCGUUCAGAGAAGGGGACGAAUGUGUCAAGUCGUUCACUGGGUGCCAGAUGUCGUAACUCCAUGGCCUCCUGCUCAGAUGAGUUGCCACACAUCGGAAACUACCGGCUCCUUAAAACCAUCGGCAAGGGCAACUUUGCUAAAGUCAAACUAGCCCGCCACAUCCUCACAGGCAAAGAGGUUGCAAUAAAGAUUAUCGACAAGACACAGUUGAACCCAACCAGUCUACAAAAGCUGUUCAGAGAAGUGCGGAUCAUGAAGACUCUCCAUCACCCCAACAUUGUGCAACUCUUUGAGGUUAUUGAAACAGAGAAGACGCUUUAUCUUGUGAUGGAAUAUGCAAGUGGAGGUGAGGUGUUUGAUUACCUGGUAUCUCAUGGGAGAAUGAAAGAAAUUGAGGCUAGAGCCAAAUUCAGACAGAUUGUGUCAGCUGUUCAUUACUGUCAUCAGAAGAAUAUAGUUCACAGAGAUCUGAAGGCAGAGAAUUUGCUGUUGGAUGCAGAUGCUAACAUAAAGAUAGCAGACUUUGGCUUUAGUAAUGAGUUUACGUUGGGGAAUAAGUUGGACACCUUCUGCGGUUCCCCGCCUUACGCAGCUCCAGAGUUGUUUCAAGGGAAAAAGUAUGAUGGGCCAGAGGUGGACAUCUGGAGCCUGGGUGUCAUCCUCUACACGCUGGUCAGCGGGUCUCUUCCUUUUGAUGGACAGAACCUCAAGGAGCUGCGUGAGCGAGUGUUGAGAGGGAAGUACCGUGUACCCUUCUACAUGUCUACAGACUGUGAGGGGAUUCUGCGCAGGUUUCUUGUGCUUAAUCCCAGCAAACGUUGCACUCUAGAGCAAGUGAUGAAGGAUAAGUGGAUGAAUGCAGGGUAUGAGGGCGAUGAGCUGAAGCCCCACAUUGAGCCAGCAGAGGACUAUAGUGACCCCAACCGCAUUGAGAUUAUGGUUGGGAUGGGUUUUACUACAGAAGAAAUUAAGGACUCUUUACUCAAUCAGAAAUAUAAUGAAGUCACGGCUACAUAUCUACUGUUGGGCCUGAAGACUGAGGAUGGCGCUGAGUCACGAGUUAGCGGCAGUAUGACAUUGCCACGGGUGCGCCCAAGCCCAAUGACCAAUGGAACCAACAAACACACCUCUUCAUCAUCUUCGUCAUCCUCACACAGCAAGACUCAGCGCAGCGCCUCUACCUACCACCGUCAGCGACGGCACAGUGACUUCUGUGGUCCUAGCAUGCCCGUGAUGCACCCUAAGCGUAGCCCGACCAGCGGUGGAGAUCGUGAGCUGCGUGAGAGCCGCAUGCCGCCGAGGAAGGCCAGCUGUAGUGUAAUGGGCAGCCGAACUCUACCACCAUCUAGUCCAAUGGUCAGCACCGCCAACAACCCCAACAAGGCAGAGAUACCUGAUCGGCGCAAGGAGAUGACCGCCACCACAAACAAUAUCCCAGGAAGUACUAUGACCCGCAGAAACACGUACGUAUGUACAGAUCGUUCCAGCACUGACCGACACUCGUUGCUGCAGAACGGCAAAGACAACAGCUCUCUGUCUCACCGCCUCCCUCCCACCUCUCCCUCCACUCUCAGUAUUGUUGGAGCGGGAGCAUCUUCCUCCUCUUCCUCAGGUGAGCGCUGUCGGCUGACACGUGGAUCCACCAUCCGGAGCACCUUCCACGGGGGUCAGCUCCGUGACCGUGUACCGCCCACCUAUGGACCUCCGCCCACGUCGCCCACCCUCAGUCAUGACGCUGGAGCGCUGCCGCCAAAUGCCCGCAGCCGGGCCACCUCUAACCUGUUCAGCAAACUCACCUCCAAACUCACACGCAGGGUCAAUCUUGACCCCUCUAAACGCCAGGGCUCUAAUAAAUCAGUGUCGGGUUGCACUCUUCCACAGGGAUCCAAAACAGUUAGGUCACAAAUGAAUCUGAGGGAGUCAGCAGAUCUUCGAUCACAGGGUGAGUCCUCAUAUGAUACUACAGUUCUCAUGCUCUCUUUCUCUCUAUUUCCUAGUGGCCAUUUAUCUUGGGAUCAGAAAGCGUCCGAGCCCUGGGGCGGGGGAGGGGGGUGGGAUGUAAGGUGUCGUAUCUCUCGUCCCCCCCGGGCCCCUGCAGAAGUGGUACUGGCCUUGCGUGAGGCAGCGAGGGGAUGCGGCUGCCAGGUCCGGCACGCUGGCCCGUUUCUGCUGUGCUGCAGUCAUGGGUCAGCAGGGUCAAAAGUCGCAUUCCAAGCUGAGGUGUGCCAACUGAGUGUGGGUCCCGCAGAGGCAAACGGAGUACGCUACACACGCCUGUGGGGGGCCCCCCUCGCCUUCAGGCACAUUGCAUCGCAGAUCUCUAAAGAGGUGGAGCUCUGAGGGGACUGGGGAGGAGACUCGUAGACGUCCCCUCACUAUAUCCGCUGUUAUAGCGAACUGACGUUGACCCACCCCACCUAUGUGUUAUAGACUUAAAACUAAAUCUGAUCCCUCCUCCAGUCAACACUGAACACACAUACAUGUAAACAAACACAGUCACCUUAAAAGCACGGGACACUCAAUCCUGACAAUAUGGAAAUCUAAAGUACAAAAACAAGCACACCCCUACCAUGAACAACAUAAACCUGAGCGCUUCUUAACACGGAUCCACAUACACACACACACACACACACACUCUGAACAGCCUCAUUCACUGGAUCUGGAUUGAAUCCAGUUUAGUAUUUUUAUUCUCAUUAUAGUCAUGAUAUUCUUACUUCAAUAAUUGAUGUCAUUCUUUUUUUUAACCACUUUUGUAUGUUUUCAACAAGUCUUGACAUUUUAAACGGGUCAUCAUUUUUAUGUUUUUGUGAUUUGAUGUGUCUUACAUUUCUUAAUACAGAGUCGAACAUUGAAUCAUUGACAAUGUAGGACUGUAGCUGCCAAUGAACUAUAUGCACAAAUGUGAAGUUGGCAAACGUAUCCUAACUUCAUCAUAGCUCACAGUGCCCACCCAAAUCUACAUCACAUUCGCUGGCGACCACAAAUUUGAUCAGGCUGCAAGCCAACCAUCUACACUUUGUUUUUGAGAUUGUCCAAGCUAAAUUUUAUUCCCUAGAAAAUCUGUUUUUCUGAUGUAUAGUGCCAGUUUACUUACUUCCUACCAUUUUUUAAUUUAGAAGAGACAUUUAAUGCCAAAUGACUUUCCCUGACCCUUCUCGAACAGGCUAGUUGAUUGGUUGGUUGUUAAUCCUUCAUUUCAACUCCUAUUUAGGGAUCCUUUGCAAAUAGUCACCUCUCCUUUUACCCGGUCUUAGUGGAGUUGAGGUUAUCACAUGAGUGAUUUUAGUGUUCAGUGUUAUAAAGAAGACACGCUUCCUGCAUUGUAGAUAUCUGAUUAAUUUGUAUGCCUAGAAAAACACCUUUCCUAUUCAAUAUUAUUUAAUUGUCAAUCUAGGUAUUCAGUAGAAAAAUUAAAAAUAGAUUCUCCACCACCUCGAGUAUUAAUCACGUACAGAAAUGGUGUGGCUUUGUAAUUGCCGACAUUAAAUCAUAGUCAGCUUUUUGUCAUUACAAUUCCCAGGAUUUACAUGACUAAAUUAGUAUUGAAAAAAUCUUUUGAUCCCAGAUAUCUAAAAUGCAGGAUGUUUUCAUGCAGGAAGAAGUUCAGUUCUCUUACUAACGAAAUGUUUUUUGGGGCAAAUGCACCAACAGGGCUUUGAAAAAAGUGAUUUUUUGAUUGAAGAUCAGUUGUACUUGCAAUCUUGUAAUAAUAUGGCAUCUAUAUGGUUUUCAUUGCAAAAUAUUAACAAUGCUGUGUAACACAAACAGAAAUGCAGUUUAAAAAUGGACGUUGCGUCAUGGACUGGCCGUGUUUUCGCUGUAACUCAUGUUGGUUUUUAGGCAUACACAAGUUUGUCUCUUUAACAGAUUGUAAGAAUGUUAUUAUCAAUUUAUCAGAGAUUUAAUUUGCAGGUUUGAGACCUGAAUCGAAGAUAUAUGCUGCUUCAGAUUGUUUUUAUGGGUAGAAAUAGGUUUGUUUGUUUGGAGCUGCAAAUAAUACUCUUGGCUUGCUUUUUGACCAAACCAGUUCUGGUUUUUGUUGUAUAACGAGGCCUAGUUUUGCAAUAUUUGUCAAUUUGCCAAGCACAAAACGAACAGCAAUUCACAACCGAGGGUGAUCAAAAUGUAAUUGUGCAAUAGCAAUAGAUGUUACUGUCAUGUCUAGAAGUUGUUUCUACCUUAGUGUAAAGCCAUGCUUUGGCCCUGUUGGUGCUGCCAGCCUGUGGACGGUGAGAUAUUGAGCAAGUACAUGGGUUUAAACAAUUUGGUUUUUAGUAAGGAAGGUGUAUAGGACACUUGCUAGUUCAGUUUGGAUAAACAUGUUGAUUUAAUAUGGUUGGUCUGUUACUUUUUGAUCGAGCAGUCGUCGUGCUGUCAUGUGUGAAAUAUGUUGUAGAUACUGAAGGAUUAUAUGCCACUUUCUCCAUUUUUGUGAUGGCAUCUCCCUCUGUUCGUGAGAGGGAGUUGGAUUAUGGUACAGAAAACUUGAUUUCGAUUUUGUCUGCUGCAAGUAUGUCAAAUGCUUUGACUGACUCCACAGGUAUUGCUGUGGUGCUUCACCUUUGACCUUUAGCCAGACAGUGAGCCUCCCAGCCCACCUUGCAGGUCUGCCAUCUCAUCGUCCAUCCACUUUUUGUUGUUCACUUUGUUUUCUGCCUUUGUGCCACACAUUCACAAAGACACCCAGUUUCUCCUCGUCCGAUUGCUGAGUCACUGGAAAUCCUCGUGUCAUUGUUCUGUCUGCUCUGCGACUGGACUCCUGUUGUGGAGACGCUUCCUGUUUCAAACCGAACAGGGUAAAGACUGCACGUCCUGGACCAGUCUGACCCGGUCUCCGCAUCAGACCGGCUCUGUCUGGUUUGGACUGCUGAGAUCUGUAUCUGUUCGACGUCCAUUAAGACCUCUGUGCACUCAUGUUGACUUGAAUCAGCUGCAUCCUACAGCUCUGUGGGUUUGUACCCAUGUUUGGCCACUGGAAGGCGCCAAUGUCUUAAAUGUGAACACUUCGAUUUGUGUAUAUUUGCACAGGUACUUAAUUUAUUUUCUAGAAUAAUUAUCUUGGGAGAAAAAAUACAUGGUUUAUAUCAGUCAGACUCUGGCUGUAUAUAAAGAUUAUGAUACUGAUGAUAAUAUUGUGAGUAUAGUAUAUACAGUAUUUUAGAAUUCCAGGUUAAUUCAUAGCUAGAGCAGAGACCCUCUGCUAGCUCUCCAGACGUUUCUAUGUGUGCUGAAGUGAAACACUAACCUGCAAUCCUGCAUGAUUCAGAGCAAGGAUGGAGAAAGAGAGACUACAUAUGUGAAAUAACAGAAUGGGCAAAAGCAAAAGAAUUUGAGGGAGAGAGAGAGCGUGUAUGCGUGUGCAUGUAUGUGUGAAUGUGUGCGUCUGUGUAUUGCGCUACUCUUUUGCCCUGCCUCCCUCUCUCUCUCUCUCUCUCUCUCUGCUGGUAGGAAAUGUUUGUGUGAGAGGAUUAUGGCAGACUUUUGCUCUGGCAGCCGUACUUGACCUGGAGUGAAAGUGUGUCCGUAUGAAUGAGCUUUUCUUAAUGUCAUUUAAAGGCAUUAAAAAGAGUAUUAGGGAGAAUUGUGAGCUGGUGUGCCGUGCACGUCACGUCUGAAUGGCAAAUCCCUCCAGUUCAGUGUUGUGCUGUCUGUGACGUAAACUGUCUGCUGUGACUUUGGGUUUCUCAUGAUGCAUUUAGCUAAUAUGCAAUAUGACAAGACAGACGUCAGGUGGACAAACUAUAUACAUAUGUGAGAGCAAGAGAGAGACAGAGAGAUUAAAACAUUGAUGCUGUUUGCAGAAAGUAAUUUUUUUUCCCCCAGAGGUGUGUUUGCACCUCUGGCCAAAUAUUAAAAUGGAAACAAAAGAUCUUGAGAGAAAAUAAACUUCACUGAUGUUGGCA